GUCGACGUGUCUAUGGAAUCUCGUCAAAAGCUUUCAAGGCAGCUUCUUUGUCUUGAAAAUAGCAAGAGGGAGGCCGACCCCGACGACCCACCUUCAGCUUCAUCGCACUAUCUUUACCUGUAAGCAUGGCUGUGUGACGAGAGAUUGGGGGCAAGAUCAAGAAAGUUCGUGUUGUUCACUAAAUGAUAUAGCCCAGGUUAAUCUAGACGAGGGGUCGUAACAUCAUGGGUUCGACUGACCUGACUCUGCCGGAUUUGCUCCGAUUGGGAGACGAGCAUGUUGCUCGCCAGCGAAUGGUCGUGAUCAACGGCGCCGAUUCCAAGGCUGCUGACAAUUAUGCUUUGAUGUUUCGUAUUCGUCUACUUUCAUUCUUGAAUGAUAGAGAGCAAGGUAGAGUUAUUCGCACCAUUUUUAGAGUUACAUUUAGACUGACUUACACUAGAGGAACCAAUACCAGGCAUGAGCUACGUAUGUACGCUGUGGUCAUGGCUAUUCGUUCUGGAAGAAACUACCACUACUUACCAUGAUGGCAUGAUGCUGAGGCAUCAUGUCCACCAUCUCUACUAAAGUCUAUGGUUCCGUGAGCGGCUGGUCGACAAACUUGAAAAAACUUAUGGCAAGCCAAUUCGUGGAGUGCCGAAAGACAAACUUCCUUUCCUUGUCCGACAAGCCUUAUCAGAAGGAACCGCUCUCAGACGAGCAGAUAGCCUCCGAAAAAAUGCGAAGCGAGCGGCAUUGCAGAAAACGCAGCAAAGGUAGUUUUCUUCAUUUACAUCCUUCUUUUUGAAAGUAGUACGUCGAGGCUUACAACGUCUCGCGAAAGCUAAUGUGAAAUCUUAAGUCAUUUCGAUGAUAAUCACAGAAAGAGUUGGAGCAAAACUGUAUCUUCAUCAUUUUCGGCUACCCAGGUUUGACCGUGGACACAAGGGUGCAGAGGGUUUUGUUGCCACACUGAAGGGCAAACACAUAAACUGCGUGCGAGGAUGGAGAAUAGCUUUCAAAGAUGAUGUCCUCGAGCAUGUCGGCUUCGGCGAGUUCGUCGCAGGAUGCCGCAAAAUCGGUUACACCGGCGAAGUGAAAUCCUUAUGGAACUUCCUUACGCGGCAGCCAGAUCCCGUCACAAAUCCUUGGUUUGGCUCCGGAAAGCCGCCUCCGGGAGGAGCAGAGCCGCAGAACGGAACGAAAAAGGGCAAGAAGGAUACCCCUCAGCGCCAGGGCAUAAGCUAUUUCGACAUCGACCCAGUGAGUGUGCGGAAACUUCAUACAUUCGCGUGCAUGGUUGAGGACAGCGCAAGAGAGGAAGGAAAAAGCUUGGGAGAGUUGUGGAAUAUGUACAAAGAUACUUUUUGAUACGCACAUAUUUACGAUAAUAUUCAUUGAUGGUGUGACUCAUACGCUUCUGCGCAUCUUGAUAGAGAUACAAAUACGAGCGCAGCUUUUAAUCAUCUUUACCUAAUUCGAGGCGGCUUACAACAGGCCUAUCGAUCUUGGGUCUACUACAGGUACGCUAACUCGGGUGGCAUGAUGCGGUUCGAAAUGUUUUACGAAUUUUUUUGCCAGUGUGCAGAAACAUUUAAUCGAGGUCGUGCAGCGGGCAAAUACGCUCUUAUUAAGGCCUGAUACGUAACUUUUGAUUCUGUACUACUCUACGACGUGGAUGCUCGCGGCAGUAGUUGAAACACUAUUGGCUGUUGCUCAAUCUCAACUUCAAUGUACGUACAUACUUAGAUUUCCCAUCGUAGUUCUAAUGGCAAUGCCGGCGAUUCGGACGAGGAUGCUACAACAGGCGACGAGUCUUCAAAGAAGCGGGGAAGUGAUGCAGGGGCCGAAGCAUCCGCAGAGGGUGGCUCUACGAAUGCAGCCGGAGCAGCAGACGGGAAAGGCCUAAGUGGCAGCGCAUCUUUAGGGAAAAGUGGGUCUCCUGGGGCCGCUUCCGGUGGCGCACGAGGCGAACAGAGAGGUUUAUGAUUCGGUGUAGAUCCUAACGGGAUUCCAGUAGUUGCCUUAUUAGUGUAGUUGAGUAACUCCAUCACUCUUCAUCGAAGGAGGUUUGAUGUUCCAUCAGAGAAGAUUUUUAGUCAGGACUAAGAACGACUUUAGACGCGUGUUUCUCGUGCUGCUUUCGAAAAAAUAUUUCCUCUAACACAGCAGAGUCCGGACGACGGAGGAGCGUUGACGAUAAAUGACCCUUACCUGCUGGACCCGCACAUAGUGCCAUUAACGGAUCCAAAGAUAGACUCCAAGGUGAUUUUUGGCGCUUUGAACUUCGACUGGGACAUGGUGAUCGGAGAGGACGAAUUUGCCUAUCUCAUGAACUUUCUCCAUGUUCGUCGUGGCAUCAAGAAAGGCGCGUCCAAUAUUGUGCUCUCGCAACGGAGAGCGCAUUCGAUGGAAAUGCGAAGACAGAAAGAAAUGGAUUGGUACGUAGAGGGCCAGUUCAAGAAGCUGGAGGUAAUGGCGCAAGCCGAAAACACGGGAGAACAGUUCUUGCACGCACCUGGGGAAGAAAUUGACUCAAGGGUCAAGUUUCGCCAACUCCUGGCAAAUCGCUGCGGCUCGAUCGUCAUCGGCUGGCGGGUUUACCUGGACCCAGAAAGCAGAGGGUAGUGCGAUUUGAGUUGUAACUGUGCGAAAUGUUUAGAGAUCUCUAUCCUCAUCAAAGCGAAUUUCCAAUUUAUUACAUAACUUUAAUCUUGAUCAUGUCACUUUUUCUUAUGGUAUCAAACAUCUUCCUUCCGCUCGACCGCAUCCUCCAGAUACAUCACGUAUAGUGAAUUUGUGCAGGGUUGUCGAAGGUUGGGUAUCAGCGAUAAUUUGUAUCAUACGUGGUGCGACGCAUUGUGUGUGGAGCACUUGGACGAUAUUGCGAAGGGUUUGGUUCCAAGGUCGGCCUUGCGACAGAAGACGCCGACGCGACCGACUCGGGAAGAACAGCUCAAGAACAUCCUUUCAAGUCCAGCGCCGUUGCCGACACCUCCCGGUGCGAGCCCCGGGCGAAAUGUGGGGUCAAGUAUGAGCAUGGCCAAACUAAGCACACUACCGCAUCUUAUGGGUUCUGCGAACAAGUCACCGAUCAGCUCGCCGAGGAGUCGGUACUACGUGUCUAGAUUCGUUUUCGUGCGCAGCAGGAAGAGUGAGCACAUAUGAAGGAAGUACAUGUCAUCGUCAAGAUGCCUCGUGCCAUGAAACUGCAAUAAAUUUAUACACAAGUCUGAUUGAAAGUUCGCAUAUAUAUUUCCUCAAACACGACCCUCGACAGCGCUUCGUCACCCGGUGGGCGGUCGAUCCAGGAUAUUUUGUCGUCACCGAGCCCAACGCAGUAUUCUGCGGACAAGUACUGGUUAGGCAUAGACACGAAGUCUGCGGACUUCCGGAGGCGCAAGAAAUACCUCGACCGGCACAACAAGAGCAUGUCUCUGAUGUUUGCACAUCUAGACGAGCGCUCCGAUCGACUCUUAGCCAGAAUGUCGGAAUUAGUCCGAGAAUACUCACUGGAAGAUGUGUGGACAGUGCUAGAUCCCAAAAAUAUGGUACAACUACACUGAUUCUGAUUUUUUACUUUUGGCUGGGAGUUUAACUCUAAGAUUAAUUUGCGUGGAGCAGACGGACGAGAUGGAAGAUGCUGUGUUGGUAUGUGGUAUUUUUGUGGGUUGAGCGUGAAAGCUUCAAAUCAGCUCUAGCUGCUAGUCUUUGAUGAAAGUCGACGUAACUGUAGAGAGAUUUUACCCUAUGCCUUUAUCGUCCAACCAGGUCUCUAUCACGUCUCGCGAGUUUAUCGAGCAGUGUGGGCAGUUGGGUUUUACGCGAGGAGAAAGCGAAGAUCUCUUCAAGUGCUUAGAUGUGCAUAAUUCUGACCUACUGACCAUGGAGGAGUUAGUGUUCCUUGAAAAGUGGAACAUGCCGCGUGAGGAGGGCGAUACCGAUGUGGCGCGUGGAAAUGUGGCUUCGCACUGCUACAAAUACGCGCAACAGCGGGAAAGCAAGCAGCGCAUGCGAAACACACAUAUGACAUACAUGAAUCUAGCGAAUAACACUCACAAGAAAAUCCUGGCUAAACUAGGCGAGCGCUUAGGCAGAGACCGCAGCCAGUUUACAGAGCGGCAACUCGAGCUCCGAUCCGCGAGUAUGCCCAAAGAAGACUAAGAGCUUCAAUUUCUUGAUCUGUCAUCAAUCAUACACAAAGAGAAAGAGCAUGAAAUUAGUUAGCAUGAUCAAUUGUAGUAUGUAGUUUUUUUUGAAAAAGGAAACUCCGUUUUGUUUGUUAAGCAUCUCUCUGCAUCUUCUCCACAUGUAAAAUAGAAUUUUGAAAUUUGUUAGCAUCUCAUCUAGAUCUGUUGAACAAAAGAAAUCCUGUACAUAACUCUGGCACGACCUAACAUUCUCUGUACAAACUGAACACGCUAGAAGAAAAACAGUCCAUGUAGAAAUAUCAAAAUGUAUCCAUAUAUUCGUCCAGUAUCACUACUUUCAGAAAAACGAGCACAAACCUAUGUAAAUAUGGAGGAAAGUCUAGCUAAGCGAAAAACGUGUAUGAUACCGUCUUGGGUGCGAAAAGCGGAAACGAAUGAAUGAUUCAACAACCGAGCACAAAGAAACAAGGUUCUUGACAAAAUCGAAACCUAUGGUUAUCUUAAUUAGAUUAGAGAUAGAGUAAACACAGGAAACCAAACCAACAAAAUGCUUGAAAAUACUACCAAUAUCACGAUGGAAAAGCAAGAAGGAUAACAGCAUGCAUGUUUGUUGUAACGGAACAAUGGCUUAGAAAUAUGGUGAUGAGUUCGAGUUGAAAAUGAUUCUAUUAACUAUAAUGUAGAGUGCACAUAUUAAAGCAAACGGAAAUAACCUUGACGUACGAAACGUGUUUGGACAGAGCACCAGCCCUUUUGAUUACGACAUGGGCUGGGAAAGCCAUGAUCGUGUUCG